UGUUGGCGUCUCUCAGUCAUCAGAUCCUCACGGAGCUGCAGCUGCUCGGUCUGACCGCCGCUUCUCAGCGAAGUUUGCCGACAAAGAGAGUCAAGAAAAAGUCUAACGCUUCUCCCAGCCUGGUUUGCUCGUCGCUUCCAGCCUCGGAGGACCGACCGGAGCGGACACACCGGCACCGUGUUUCUGAAGUCGGCCGUGGAGCGGUGCGAGCUGGAGGAGACUUUAACGCACAUUUUCUUCUCGUUUGUGGAAGCGGAGAAACCACGGAGCUCUCAGAGAUGCUUUGAACGAAGAGAGCAGAGAGAAUACGGUGCUGCCGCUUGUUUUCUUGCUGCCGCUGCUCACAAUCAACACAUUCAGCAGGAGGCCUGAGGAUUUAUUGAGGAUUUAACUGUGUUAUAAAACUCUUUAAAGUUGAAUCUCUCAGGAGCCUGAGCUUUCACUUCACAGACUUAUAUGGUUUACCUCAGAGAUGCUCAGCUGUGAGAGGAAGCUUUCCUUGCAGGAUUUCAUUGAUAAGAAUUGUGAACUUAAACAAACAAGGGGACAGGCGAUGCUCGGCUGAUGUUUUUGGAUGUCGUUCACCUUCGAGGCCUUUCUCCUGCCAGGACGACAUCACAGAUAGCAGAAAAUGUCGGCCGAUAACAGCCCGCCUCCCCCACCAGCCUCGCCCAGGUCUUUCCCUGCCCUCCCUCAACAUGUGGCCCCGCCCACACCGUCGCCAUCACCCAGCCCGCCCGCCACCAUCUGCAGCCGGCUGUCCAACGGCAGCCAGACAGCCCCCAGCCCCACCAACUCAAGGGGAUCCAUCCACGGCGUCUCCUUCCUGCUUCAGAUUGGCCUCACCAGGGAGACGGUCACCCUCGACCCCGGAGAACUCUCGCUGACUGCUGUCAGGGAGCUCGUCUGCUCCAUCGUGGAUCAGAAGUUUCCUGAAUGUGGAUUUUUCGGGAUGUACGACAAGAUCCUGCUCUUCCGUCACGACCUGAACUCAGACAACAUCCUACAGCGUCUGACCUCAGCGGAGGAAAUCCACGAGGGCGACCUGGUCGAGGUGGUGCUCUCUGCUCUCGCCACAGAGGAGGACUUUCAAAUCCGACCUCACACACUGUACGUCCACUCAUACAAGGCCCCAGCCUUCUGUGACGACUGUGGGGAGAUGCUGUGGGGGCUCGUCAGACAGGGCCUCAAAUGUGAAGGAUGUGGACUCAACUACCACAAACGGUGUGCGUUCAAGAUCCCCAACAACUGCAGCGGGGUGAAGAAGAGACGGCUGUCCAACGUCUCUCUGCCGGGCUCCAUCAUGUCUGUUGCUCGUCCACCUUCCACGGAGUUCACCCCGAUGCCUCAGGAGGAGCAGCGUCCCCUCCUGGGUGCUGCGAAGCGUAACUCUCUGCUGAGCGGUCGUCCCAUCUGGAUGGAGAAGAUGGUUCUGGGUCGGGUCAAAGUUCCUCACACCUUCUCCGUCCACACCUACACUCGUCCCACCAUCUGCCAGUUCUGCAAACGCCUGCUGAAGGGCCUCUUCCGCCAGGGGCUGCAGUGCAAAGAUUGUAAAUUCAACUGCCAUAAGAGAUGUGCAGCCAAAGUACCUCGAGACUGCCUCGGAGAGGUCGACUUUAAUGGAGAGCCGGCCAGUCCCAGUCUGGACUCGGAGGCGACGAUGGAGGUGGACAACUGUGACGUCAACAGCGAUGGAGGUCACAGCAUGGACGAGCAGGACGGGUCGUCCACCCCCGAAGAGAAGAUGUUCUUCAUCGAGGGUUCCUGCACAGACGGCGACAAAGAUGACGAGACAGCCAGAGCGAUCAGCCCGUCAACCAGCAGUAACAUCCCUCUGAUGCGCGUGGUUCAGUCGAUCAAACACACCAAGAGGAAAAGCUCCACGGUGGUUAAAGAAGGCUGGAUGGUGCACUACACCAGCCGAGACAACCUGAGGAAGAGGCAUUACUGGAGGCUGGACAGCAAGAGUCUGACUCUGUUUCAGAAUGAAAGUGGAGCCAAGUAUUACAAGGAGAUCCCCCUUUCCGAGAUCCUGCAGGUGGAACCGGCACAGGACUUCAGCAGCCUGCCUCAGGGCAGCAACCCGCACUGCUUCGAGGUCAUCACAGCCAGCAUGGUGUACUACGUUGGUGAGGACAAUGGCGGGCUCUACCACAACCCUGUCUUGGCGGCAUCCGGUGUGGGGCGAGACGUGGGCCACAGUUGGGAGAAGGCCAUCCGACAGGCGAUGAUGCCCGUUACACCCAAAGCCAGCGUGGGCGCAGGGCCAGGCCAAGGGAAGGACCACAAGGAGCUUUCUAUCAGCAUAUCGGUGUCCAACUCCCAGAUUCAAGAAAACGUGGAUAUCAGUUCAGUGUAUCAGAUCUUUGCUGACGAGGUUCUCGGCUCAGGACAGUUUGGGAUCGUCUACGGAGGCAAACACAGAAAGUCUGGCAGAGAUGUUGCAAUCAAAAUCAUCGACAAAAUGAGGUUUCCUACUAAGCAGGAGAGCCAGCUGAGGAACGAGGUGGCCAUUCUCCAGAACCUCCACCACCCGGGGAUCGUUAACCUGGAGUGCAUGUUCGAGACGCCCGAGCAGGUGUUCGUCAUCAUGGAGAAACUUCACGGAGACAUGCUGGAGAUGAUUUUAUCCAGCGAGAAGAGUCGACUACCUGAACGCCUCACCAAGUUCCUGGUUACACAGAUCCUGGUUGCCCUCCGACAUCUUCACUUCAAGAACAUUGUCCACUGUGACCUGAAGCCUGAGAACGUCCUCCUGGCCUCAGCUGAGCCAUUCCCUCAGGUGAAGCUCUGUGACUUCGGCUUCGCUCGUAUCAUCGGGGAGAAGUCGUUCCGUCGCUCGGUGGUCGGUACUCCGGCCUACUUGGCGCCCGAAGUGCUCCGCAGCAAAGGCUACAACCGAUCUCUGGACAUGUGGUCGGUGGGCGUCAUCGUCUACGUCAGUCUGAGCGGGACGUUUCCCUUCAACGAGGACGAGGACAUCAACGACCAGAUCCAGAACGCCGCCUUCAUGUACCCGCCCAACCCCUGGAAGGAGAUCUCAGAGGAGGCCAAAGACCUGAUUAAUAACCUGCUGCAGGUGAAGAUGAGGAAACGCUACAGUGUGGACAAAUCGCUGAGCCACCCCUGGCUGCAGGACUACCACACCUGGUUGGACCUCAGGGAGUUUGAGACGCGGCGAGGUGAGCGUUACAUCACCCAUGAGAGUGAUGACGCCCACUGGGAGGAACACGCCGACGAGAACGGCCUGCACUACCCCAAACAUUUCAUCAUGUCACCCAACCUGGACGACAUGGACGAAGACCCCUAGAGGCCGGCAGGGUUCACGUUUCUGACAAGGGAGCUGUAGAAUCGGGGAAGCUAUCCAUGGAAACUGUCACCUUGGAGACUGCGAGCUUUCCCCGUGAUGGCGCAGCGUAACGCGCAUUCCUGGAGAACGAGGAUGUGUUGGUCAGGCAGCUGUGUGAGAACACUGUGACACCACAGCAAUAAUUCAGGGCCAGAAACAUUUCAUUUUUCACACAUUUGACUUUUUUCCUUGUUUUUUUUCUUACAAGCCAUAAACAAAUAGACCUUAAGAGCUGAAAGCUGGAUGUUUUUUUCCCCCCAGAAAUCAACAUUCAGCCUUUCAAUCGACACUGCCAGUCAAGCUGUUGAAGGGCUAGUUGAAAAGACUUCAUACGCUUUUUCAGCUGAAAUGGCAGAUUUUUAGCAGGUCGUUUUUACAUUUUAGAAGCUGAGUAGAGGAGAUGUUAAAGUCGUGACACACAAGAAACCAACAUGUCCGGACUCUAUUCUUUUGUUCCUUAUUGGGAUGUCUUUGCACUAUUGGGAAAAUCUUUACAGUAAAUUUCACUGAUGAUAACUUUUCGCUUGUUUAUCUGCAAAAGCAUGAAAAAGGUUUGGGGUUUUUUUGUAAUUGAGAACUGAGGAAGAACAAACAGCCACAUUUCUGCUGCCAAUAGGCUGAAUUUUCUCAUCACUAAUCAGAAAACAAAUGUGAAGUCAAAAAGGUUUAUCUGCUGUACACUGGCUGACGUCUCAAUCACAUCUGUCCAAAGAAUGAGAGACAAAAUGAAAUAUAAUUUAUUUCUUAUUAUAUCACAUUUACAGCUGGCUGUAUGUAGCAAUUAUUCCUAGUGAUAAAAUGCAUUCAUUUAAUGCAAAAAAUUCUAAUUAAGUUCUUCCAGAUAAGAAGAGAAAAUGGAGGAAUUGAUCAUUUAAUUUUUAAAGUGUUGGUUGAUUUUGUUUAAAUCAAAACAAAAUUAAUAACUAUUUUGCCAAUUAAUAAAUUGAACUAAAUAAAAAAUGUAUUGAAUAUUUGCUGGUUUUAGCAACAAUAAUGGAAAAUUUUGUCAUAUAUGAUAGUAACUGACACCUUUCAGUUCUGGACUAAUGAGCAGACAAAUGUAAAAACAGACAUUUAGGAAUUCAAAUUUUACCUUGCUAACAUGUAGCAUUUUAAGGUAACAUGCUAACUUUUGCAUGUUAGCAUUGCUUGUAUUAUGUUCUCGAGAAUGUUCUUGCUCUAUUUUAAAAACUCAGGGUUGUUUUUUUUACUCUGUACCCCCCAAAAACUCAGUUUAAAAGCCGACAGCAGGCUGCUGCAUACAACCCUUGUUUUUUUAAUAACAACUCCAUACUUUUGCAGAAACACAACCAGUUAUCAUCAGAAGGAUUCCCUCUGAAACUCUGGAUGAAAACGAGCUGAGAAUCGAGCUGCUACUGUCUCUUUGUCUUUCUGAACUCUAAAAUGUCGCCGAUCCUAAACUGACUCCAGCCUGAGAAUUUAUUUCACAUUUUGUAUUUUUGCAAGAAAUGUUUUGUCAUGUAGAUGAUUUUGACGGGAAAAUAUUAAAGCUAAAUGGCAAACUUUGGGAACCUCAA